AUAAAAUGUCGACUCAAAAUCACUGGGUACUUUUCGAUAAUAUUACGUUUCCACCAAAAGCAAACACCGUGUUUGCAGGAGUUGUGUUUGGGAAAACUGUCAACUGUUUCCACCGGAAGUUUGGGAGAAAUUGUGUUUGAACUGUCUUUUGUUGACAUUGUGAAAUAAAAAUUAUAAAAAUUGAUAAAAUUAUAAAAUGGUGCAUAGAAUUCAAUUUGUUAUGUUGAUUUUAUCAUUUUAUUUUAAAAUAAUUGAUAGUGAGUUGGUCACAUAUUAUUUAAAAAAAAGGUUAAGGGAAAAUAAAAUAAUUUUAAGCGUUGCUGCCAAUUUAAUGCGUUCGCAAAGUGUAUGGUCUUUGGUAUGGUAAACAGAUUUAUGAUACAUUAUUUGUGUAUAAUGUACAUGUAUAUUUUAGGAACAUUCCAGUACCUUUUGGGAAGUAGACUGCCAGAGUAAUGGGGACAAGUUUUUCAAAGAUAAUUUCCGAAUGGAAAGAUCCUGCUUUGAAAAAUUGUGAAGCAAACUUGAAAAAAUAGCCAAAAGAAAAACGAACUAUCGAAACCCGAUUUCACUAAAAAAGCGCGUGGCAAUUGCUCUGUAUGCACCAGGAUCUUCUAGUGAAUACAGAUCAAUUGGACAUUUGUUUGGAGUAGGCAAAGCAAUUGUUUGCAAAAUACUCAUCGAGUUUUGCAAUGAAGUUGGGACAUCUUUGGCUCCAAUAUAUUUGAAAAAUUUUCCACUGACAAGGGCGCAAAUUGAGAAUGGAGUCGCAGAUUUUAAUGCAAUGGGCUAUCCACAAUGUAUUGGAGCAAUAGAUGGAUGUCAUAUUGAAAUUCAUCCAAGAAAGGAAGAAGCCAUUGAUUACUACAACUACAAAGGGUGGUAUUCCGUAAUACUAUUGGCUUUGGUAGACGCAAAAUAUAGAUUUGUUUAUAUACAUUGCGGCAGUCCUGGAAGAUGCAACGACUCCUCAAUUUUUGAAAAAUCAUCGCUAAAGCGCGAGUUGCAAAGUUGUGCACUUCUUGAUGAAUUGAGCUUGCAGUAUGGAUCCACAAAAAUACCAGUCCAUAUUAUAGGGGACUCUGCUUUUCGUCUCUCUCAGCAUUUAAUGAAGCCAUAUCCGCAUAGUGUGACCAAUACACCCGAACAAAAACAAUUCAACUAUAGAUUGUCUAAGUGCCGGCGUGUUGUGGAAAAUGCUUUUGGCCAUUUAAAAGCCCGAUUUAGGAGAAUUGGAGAAGGCGUGGAUAACCACAUCAAAAAUGUAAACACAGUUAUUUCAUGUGCAUGUGUUUUACAUAAUUUUUUGAUUGCUGAGAAGGAUUUAAUUUUGGAAAAUUGGCUAGUGGAAAUGCAUCGCGAUUCCAGGCGCAAUAUUCAAUGCGGCACCAAUGCAGUUGACCGAUCGAGCGUUAAAGGAAUAUUUCAGUGCGGAAGCUUCGUUCAGUGCUGGAGACGAUGGUGGCGAAAAUGAAAAUGAAGCAGACGGAGCAGCUGAAAAUGAGGAGCAUGAAGGUGAUAUUGGCGAAAGUGAUGGAGCUGGCGAAGCAACCGAAUCAGGCAUGCCUACAUAUAUAAAUAGAAAUUAACAUUAUAAAAUUAUUGUAGAUGUAAAUACAAAUAAAAUUACAUAUAUAAAUAAAAGAAAUACCUGUUAUACUAUCAACAACGACCGCAUCAACAUUAUUUACUCUAUCCCUUCCUAUUAUUUGAUGAACCCUCCGAUAGUGCUUCCAAGAAACAGAAGAACAUCCUGUCCCUUGCUCUGCUUUGCAUUUUCUGCAAAGGAAAUUUUGAGGCUU